AUGAUUGUCUUACAGACUACACCUGAAAACGACCUUCAUAACAGUUUCAAUCAAAGGAAUCUUGAUUUUUUAAACAAUAAUAAUAAUAAUCCAUCGAUUGGUAACUUUACUCCAAAUACACCUCAAAACUUCACUUCUCAAAUGUAUCAAACAACAGCAACAACCGCUCCCCAAUAUCAAUCGCAACCUUUCGUGUAUGGCAAUUCUCAUCUGAAUUAUCCUUCAAACGCAACUACCGCUACCGGGCAAAAUAAUCAAAGAUCAUCAUCAACUUCAUCUCCAUUGUUAUCAAGACAAUCUAAUUCAUCCGCGUCUAAUAAUCAUCAAUCCAUAUCGAACUCAUCUACAACUUCUGAUCAAGGCUUCGUUCCAACAACUGCCACAACGAUCGAUUCAAACGGAUAUCACUCAACUCAUCUUGGUUACAGAUACGAUCCUUCCGCUGCCGUUGUCGCCGCUGUGUCAACUGCUACAAAUACUGCUGCUUCUUCUGCAUGCUCGUCUCCUUCAAUAGCAACAACUACAUUGACUUCUACCGCUGCACCCUCUCCGAACUCUACAAUGAACCAUCCAGAUUUUUCGAAAAAUUCUCCCAUAACGAAUAAUCAAGUUUCUCCUGUUAAUAAUCAUAAUAAUGUCUUACCCUCUGGUACUGCUUCUAAUAAUAAUAUGUCGCCAGAAAAUGCUAAUUUCUUACAAUCAAUCCAACAACAAUAUUCUGAUGUAAAUGCUGCAAAUUAUGCUGCAGCUGCAGCUGCUCAAGCGUCCGAUGGUGUUACUUACUCUCCACAAUUAUUAUCACAAGCUCAACAUGCUGCCGCCGCUGCUUUAUCACAACAAUCACAAAUCACUAAUUUACCACGUGUUGGUCCCACUACCACUACUUCGGAUAAUUCAAUCAAUGCACAUAAUGCCGCCUUAAAUUAUCAACAACAACAAGCCGCUGCAGCCGCCGCAGUUGCUCAACAUCAAGCCUUGCUUCAUAAUCAUUUCAUGGCCGCUGCCCAUUCUUUAACAAAUGGUAAUUUAAUAGCCGCUGCCAAUUCACAACGUACAGCUACAUCAAAUUCACAGUCAUCAAAUGGUCGUCGUAAUAUAAUAAAUAGUAACGGUAUGAUAGUUGGUGGUGACCAUCAUAUGAGUGAUGGUUGUGUAUAUUCAUUUGUCGCAUUACCGGGUAUAAACACAAAGAAACGUCCCAGAAGAAGGUAUGAUGAGAUUGAACGUCAUUACUCUUGCAAUUUCCCUGGUUGUACCAAAAGCUAUGGCACACUUAAUCAUUUAAAUGCUCACGUACAAAUGCAAAAACAUGGCCCAAAACGUCAUCCAUCAGAAUUUAAAGAACUUCGUAAACAAUGGAGACGUCAAAAACGUGAAGAAGAAGAACGUAAAGCUGCCGAAGCUCUAAUUGAAUGCGUUUCACCAAUUAAAGAUAUACCAUCAUUUACUUUUUAUACUCGUCUACGUCAAUAUGGUGAAGGACCACUUGCAACAGAAAUGUUAAAAGUAUUUAGACAUUGUCAUAAUUAUUGA